UUAAUUUUUUUCAUCUGCCUUUGAAACAAUAUACUAGGAGCCUUCUAUUAAAUUUUCAAGCUUUUUUAACCAACAAAUAAAAUUUUAAUGAUAUUUAUGGAAAAAAAACUAAAAAUGUCUGUAAAGAGCUCAAAAUAAGUCAAAAUAUUUGGAAAAUGUUAUGGUAUAUAGAAAAUCCUAAUAUAAACAUUCAGUCAAAAUUGUAUGUACCUACGGUCAUUUGUUUAAGAGUUGCACCAAAAACUAAAAUCAAUUUUUUCAAAAACAGAUUUUGCGUACAAAUUACCGUUUUUCUUUGAUUUUUCUCGAUUUUUCUUUUGUUUUUCACGGUGCUUUUGAAAACUACUGAAAAAAAUUUUACUUUUGAUCCCCUAAAGUACCAACUAGAUUCACUUUCCUUACAGAAAAGAUACUGUUGAAGAAAAUCAAAUCACUUUUAUUGUCCUAAAAGGUGAUGACAGACACAAAAAUAAAAAAACACAUUGUUGUAAAAUAAUAUAUAAAUAUAUUAAUAUGUUAUGUAGGUAGGUCGUAUGUAGGUAGCUAAUUAUAUUUACAAAUAAAUAAUUUAAUUAUUUUCUUAAAAAUGAAAAUUUGUUUAUAUGCAGACAUAGUAGUAGGUAACAUAAUGUAUAAUUACCUACAGUGGCGUAGCCAGGGGGUGGUUUUAGGGGUUCAAACUGUUCUUAACUGUUUAACGUUUGUUUAAUACUAGUUAUUACUAGUUAGUAGUUAUUAAGGCCACUAAUAAGUAAUCGCUAUGAAUAAUCUGAAAAGAAAAGCACUCAAGCAAGAACAAGGACAAUCAAAAACUAUUUUACAGUUUUUUAAAAACAAAAUUCCUGAAUCAUUAGAUGAUACUCAUUUAGUUGCUAUUUCUGACAAUACAAAUGCAACAGUGAUAAACGAAAAUUCAUCAGAAUUGAAUAUUAAUUUGAAUACAAAUGCAGAUUGUUCAAUUUCCACACCAGUAUCAAUAGUAAAUAUGGAUGAAUAUAAAACAGCAAAGUCACUAAAUGAUAUUGGUUUAUUUGUUAAUUGUUCUGAAAGGAUUUUUGGUGAUCCAUAA